AUGCUGACUUCUGACAUCAUCUGCCUGGGAGACUUCAAUGUCGACGUCGGCUCUGAUUCUCGUCUUCUCCUGAAAUUGGUGACUGAUUUUUCUGAUUUCGUUGAUCUAAUUCAACUGAUCAACACACCAACGAGAAUUACUGACAACACAGCUACCAUCUUGGACUUGAUUCUUGUCUCUUCCUCCUUGAUUACCAUUUCUUCAGGGACGGUUGAUACAACAGGUAUGACUGACCACCUUCUGGUCCAAUGUGAAGUCAAAUUUACAACAUCAGCCGAACGUCAUAAACUAUCCUACUCCAGGAACUUGAGCUCCAUUCCCUUGGACUUGUUCAACGAGGUAACCGAAUCCAAGCCAUGGAAUGAUAUUUUCACCUUGAACGACAUUGAUGAAAAAGUCUCACUACUUUCCAAUCUCAUUUUGGAGCUUUUUGAUGAAUUCGCACCUCUGAAACCGAAGUCCUCACAAACCUCUCUGCCUUGGGUAACCAGAGAAGUUAGAGGACUCAUGCGGACGAGAGACCAUCUUCGUGCGAAAUUGAAGAGAUGCUGCGACGUCCAGAGAAGAGAGACCUUGAAGUCCAACUAUGAUGAUGUGCGUAGACAAGUUUUAACCUUGAUGCGCAUAAAUGAAGAGAUCUUUUUCGCUGACUUCUUGGAACUACCAGUCCCAAAACGCUGGGCUAAACUUGGUCAAAUUGGAAUAAAACCACCAACGGCAUCACUACCAGCUGCGCCACCGUUCCUCGAUCCGAACUGCAUAAACGACCACUUCAUUGACAGCAUACCUGCGCUUGAGACUACAAUACCUGACGAACCUCCAGCUAUGAGAUCGCCGAAUAUUCCGACUUUUGAAUUUCGACCUAUCUCAGAACUGGACCUCUUCAACGCUGUGAGAUCUGUGAAACUUACCUCAGCAGCUGAUGAUGAUAUCUCAGGAAAAAUGUUUCUCUUCUGUCUACCUUUUUGCUUUGUCCAACUCACGCACAUUAUAAAUCAAUCACUGACAACUGCAAUUUUUCCAUCAGCCUGGAAAAAAGGCCUAACUGUUCCGCUGCCCAAAGUCUCGUCACCCACAUCACUGAGUGAAUUGCGCCCGAUCACCCUACUACCGUUUGUGUCGAAAAUCAUUGAGAAGCUAGUGCAACUUCAAGUGCAAAACUUCCUGGAUACACACCAUCUUCUUCCAGCUCACCAAUCCGGUUUUCGUGUACACCACAGCACAACAACGGCACUCAGCUUAGUUGCAGAUGAUGCGCUCAGGGCCUACGACGCUGGCAAAGUCUCCUUACUACGCCUGCUGGAUUUCUCUAAAGCGUUUGACACAUUGUCGCACUCAAAGCUGCUCUAUAAGUUGAAGGCUUUCAACUUUGGUGAUGACUCCAUCAACUGGUUCAGCUUCUACCUGAGUGACAGGUCACAAGCCACCGUUCUCAACACAGCCCAUGCUCGUCUAGUCUCUGACAGAAGAACUAGCUCUCAAGGAGUGCCACAAGGCUCUAUCUUGGGACCGCUUUGCAUCAAUUUGUAUGUUGCUGAUCUCUUAGAUCUCGACCUCAAAUCCAUUGCAAAGAUCAACAUAUUUCUGAAAGUGGCAAAUCAUCCUCUUCUGAGUCCGAGCAGUUUGAUUCGGUUCCUCUGCAACGUUGUGGUCGGAAGUUUCAGAGCCUUGGUCGCUUAG